GUUUCCAUCUUGACGUUAGUUUAAUUGUUGGUGGAAUGAAUUUCUGUUCAUUAACUUUUAAUACAUUUCUCAGUUAUUACAAAUGCACUUAUAACAACGUUAUCCUUUAUGAAACUUUUCCAAUAUCAAAUGACCUUGUGAUAAAUGAAGAUACAUUCUCAUUAUUUAUCAUGUUUUGAAGACAAAGAAAAUGCUAUAGAAAACAGAUAUAUAAUACCAUUUCUAUAAAGUUAUGAUUGCAUUCCAGUGCAAUAUAUGCUUUGUGAUUAUUACCAAAAGUUCCAUGCAUUUCUGACUAGAGUGUCUACAAAACGAAUUUAUGUGCAAGUUAAACAUGGAUAAAUUGAGAAAAGAGUUCUGAGAUAAAGGUAACACUGGACAGAAAUACAGUGAUUGAAAUAUUGGCAAGGCAUAACCUAUAAGAAUAAAAUAAAGAAAUAUAUGUGUGUGUAUAUAUAUAUUUAUCAUCAUCAUCAUUAUUAUUUAUAUAUAUAUAUUGAUUUGAAAAGAAAAAUUAUGGAAAAAAGCGAGAAACUUGCCGAAUUGAUUUUACCUGAAGACAUAAUAAAAGAGAGAAGUAAAUUAUCCUAUGACUGUAAUAUCUGUGAAAAGACAUUCUCUCUAAAAGGUAACUUGACUAAACACAAACGUAUUCAUACGGGAGAGAAGCCAUAUCAUUGUGAUAUCUGUGGUAAAUCUUUCUCUGGAAGUACUGCCCUGACAAUACAUAUACGUAUUCAUACAGGAGAGAAGCCAUAUAACUGUAAUAUCUGUGACAAAUCAUUUUCUCAAAAUAUUGACUUAAAUAAGCACAUUCGUAUUCAUACUGGGGAGAAGCCAUAUCACUGUGAUAUCUGUGGUAAAUCAUUCUCUCAAAGUGCUGUCUUAAUUACACACAAACGUGUUCAUACGGGAGAGAAGCCAUAUCACUGUGAUAUCUGUGGGAAAUCAUUCUCUCGAAGUUAUCACUUGACUUCUCACAGACGUAUUCAUUCAGGGGAGAAGCCAUAUAGCUGUGAUAUCUGUAGUAAAUCAUUCUCUGAAAGUAGUGUUUUAACCAAACACAAGCGUAUUCAUACAGCAGAGAAGCCAUAUCAUUGUGAUAUCUGUGAUAAAUCAUUCUCUGUAAGUAGUUACUUGAGUAAACAUAAGCAUAUUCAUACAGGAGAGAAGCCAUUUCACUGUGAUAUCUGUGGUAAAUCUUUCUCUGCAAACAGUGAUUUAACUAGGCACAAAGUUAUUCAUACAGGAGAGAAGCCAUAUCAUUGUGAUAUCUGUGGUAAAUCAUUCUCUGUAAGUAGUUACUUAGUUGAGCACAAAAGUUUUCAUACAGGGGAGAGGCAAUAUCUCUGUGAUAUCUGUGGUAAAUCAUUCUCCAAAUUUGGUACAUUAACUAGGCACAUUCGUAGUCAUACAGGAGAGAAGCCAUUUCAUUGUAAUAUUUGUGGUAAAUCAUUCUCUGGGAGUAGCGACUUUACUAAACACAAACGUAUUCAUUCAGGAGAAAAGCCAUUUCACUGUGAUAUUUGUGAUAAAUCAUUCUCACAAAGUUAUAACUUGACUUCUCACAAACGUAUUCAUACAGGAGAGAAGCCACAUCACUGUGAUAUCUGUGGUAAAUCAUUCUCUGCAAGUAGUAACUUAAUUUCUCACAAACGUAUCCAUACAGGUGAAAAGCCAUAUGUUUGUGAUAUCUGUAGUAAAUCAUUCUCUCAAAGUAGUGACUUAACUAAACACAAACGUAUUCAUACAGGAGAGAAGUCAUAUCACUGUGACAUUUGUGGUAAAUCUUUCUCUGAAACUCAUAAUACUGCCCUGACAAUACAUAUACGUAUUCAUACAGGAGAGAAACCAUAUCACUGUAAUGUCUGUGACAAAUCAUUUUCUCAAAAUAUUGACUUAAAUAAGCACAUUCGUAUUCAUACUGGGGAGAAGCCAUAUCACUGUGAUAUCUGUGGUAAAUCAUUCUCUCAAAGUGCUGUCUUAAUUACACACAAACGUGUUCAUACGGGAGAGAAGCCAUAUCACUGUGAUGACUGUGGUAAAUUAUUCUCUCGAAGUUAUCACUUGACUUCUCACAAACGUAUUCAUUCAGGGGAGAAGCCAUAUAGCUGUGAUAUCUGUAGUAAAUCAUUCUCUGAAAGUAGUGUUUUAACCAAACACAAACGCAUUCAUACUGUAAAAAAGCCAUAUCAGUGUGAUAUCUGUGGUAAAUCAUUCUCUGUAAGUAGUUACUUGAGUAAACACAAGCAUAUUCAUACAGGAGAGAAGCCAUUUCACUGUGAUAUCUGUGGUAAAUCUUUCUCUGCAAACAGUGAUUUAACUAGGCACAAAGUUAUUCAUACAGGUGAGAAGCCAUUUCAAUGUGAUGUCUGUGGCAAAUCAUUCUCACAAAGUUAUAACUUAACUUCUCACAAACAUAUUCAUACAGGUGACAAGCCACAUCACUGUGAUAUCUGUGGUAAAUCAUUCUCUGCAAGUAGUAACUUAAUUUCUCACAAACGUAUCCAUACAGGUGAAAAGCCGUAUGUCUGUGAUAUCUGUAGUAAAUCAUUCUCUGUAAGUAGUGCUUUAACUUUACACAAACGCAUUCAUACAGGAGAGAAGCCAUAUCAUUGUGAUAUCUGUGGUAAAUCUUUCUCUGAAAGUCGUAAGUUAAAUAAACACAUAUCUACUCAUGUAUAAGGGUAACCGUGUGCCUUUUAGCCAUGCCAAUAACAAAUCCACUCAAUAUGUCUCCCAUUUUUUAGGUUGUUUGAGAUUUACUGAUGCCAACCCCUUUUUAUUUACUUCUUACAGUAUGCCAGGACAUGAUUUACUCUCAAAAUUUCUUUUACAAAAAGUAAGAAUAAAGACAUCUAUAACUACAAAUGUUUUUAGAUAAGAAAGGAGUUUGAUAACAGCCUCCCAACACUAUAUUUUAUAUCACUACAACCAUGUAUACAUUGGUGAGAUAACAUACCAAUGUAGUAUUUUUAAUAAAAGUAAUUUCUUCUAGA